AUGACAGAUGACGAUGGAGCAGAAAUAAAAUUAACAGUACUAAAAACUCCCAUUUGCCUCGAAAAUCUUGAUGUUGAAUACGAGGUUAAAACCAAGAAAGACAUCAUCAAAAGAGAUCGUAAAUUAAACCAGAAGAAAGUAAGAAAAGAAAAGAUAACAAGAGAUGUUUAUCGAAAGAAAAAAGAAGUUAAAACUUUAAAAGUAAAGAAAGGAAAAGACGUAGAUGAAGCUAAACAUUACAGAAUGAAUAUCAGUUUACUAAAAGAGCCAAUAUCUUUAGAUGACAUAGACUGGGGUGACGAAACAGAAGAGAACGCACUGGGAAGCGAAAAAGCGGUAACAUUCAACGUAAAAACAAUCCAAGGAACUUUCACACGAACUCAGAAGAAAAAGAAGGAAAACUCAGCAGAAUUCGAAACUUGGAAACAAAACGCUUUAACUAUAUUUGAAAACUCAUACGUCUAUCCUUUCGUUUACGCCAAUAAUAAGUACAAAUGCUUUGCAUGUUCCAACCCGUUUUUGAAUGCAAAUGUCCUAAAAGACCACACGCUAAGCGAGCAUAGCAUAGAAGAUAUAAAACAUGAACUAACAAAUAGAGUCAGAGACAAGAAUCUUAAGGUAGAUGUCACAUAUUUACAGUGCAAGAGUUGUUUACAAACGCUCCCGAAUUUACAAUCGAUGAAGCUCCAUCUCAAAGACCAUGGAAAAGAAAUAGACCCAUAUUUCCAGGAUAAUAUAAUCCCUUUUAAGUUAGCAGGGGAUACUUUCGACUGUCAGAUAUGCGGAGAAGCUUUCCUGAAACUGAGACUGCUAGUGAUCCACAUGAGUAGACAUUUCAACAACUACAGUUGUGAAAUCUGCGGUUCGGUGUUCAUAUCUUUGAAGCAUCUUAAGCGGCACCACCAAACCCACGAGUCUGGGAGUUUCCCCUGUGAUAAAUGUGACAAAGUCUUCAGUAGCACGGCGAAACGGUCCAUCCAUAUGAGAGGGGUUCAUCUGAAGCAGUUUCCAAGACGCUGUCCCAUUUGCCCUGAGAGGUUUAACUCCAACUAUCAACGGACGAAGCAUCUACGAAUUGUCCAUAACCAGAGCACCGGUUUGUAUCGUUGCGAGACCUGUGGACGAGAGUAUGAUCUGAAGUAUCACCUGCUUGUUCACAUCAGGUCGGUUCACCUUCAAGAGCGCAACCAAGAGUGUCCCGUAUGUCAUUCUCGAUUCUUCUCGAAGUAUUGCCUGUCGAGACACAUGGUGAUUCACACAGGGGACAAGAACUUCAAGUGCGAAGUCUGUGGGAAAGCGUAUGCAAGGAAGAAGAACCUUCGAGAACAUUGUAGAAUGCAUGAAGUUGGAGCGGUCACUUGUGGACUGCAGAGUUUGCCAAACCAGCGGCCGGGCCCAAGGAGCAGUAUUUGGCAAAUGACCAUAUCGGAACGGCAAAACGCCGCGACGUUCUUCGAAUACACAACCGUCAAGCCCUUCUUUUACCAACAAGCCAAUUUCAAGUGCUUCUACUGCAAUGAGGUCUUCCCGGAAAUCCAUUCCGUUCUACAACACACGGCGUUCCAUGCCACCCCCGAUAGAUCCGCGCUUUUGAAGCAGCAUUUGCGUAAAGGGAAAAGAGUUAUCAAAGUAGACAUAUCUGGCUUAAAAUGCAAGAUUUGUGAGCAGAAAUAUUCAGAUCUCGAUGACAUUCGGAAGCACUUAGCAGCAGCUCAUAAGAAGGACUUUAAUUCAGCGGGCAACGGUCUGAUGGCCUACAAUUUGAGCGUGAACAAUGGUCUACUCUCCUGCCACAAGUGUGAGAAAACCUUCAACUCAUUCUUCCUUUUAAACAGGCAUAUGAACGUGCAUUUCAGCGUUGUCUGCGAAACCUGUGGGUUAGGGUUCAUGUCGCACCAAAGGCUGAUCAACCACAGGAUUGUGCAUCAGAACGGGAUCCAUCGCUGCGAGAAAUGUCAGGAAAUCUUCCAAACGAAACUGAAGCUUCGCUACCACAUCUUCAAGAAACACGAAGUAACGAAUGCCAAGAAAAUAAAGCCUCUAAAAUGUCCUCAUUGUCUGGAAAGAUUCGCGGAACAUUACAGAAAGAUGACGCAUUUGAAAGAAGCGCAUGGGAUCACCUUUACCUUUGAAUGUCAGAUAUCUGAUUCACCUAAUUGUCUGGAAUGUGACCGGAUUGAGGAUGUAACCAUAUUAUAA